CAAGGUGGGUCAGAGCAGGGUUUUCAUUCUGUCCAGCCUUUUCAGCCUUAAGUCUCAGCGGGAAGAAAGUUCAGUCCCUAAUGGAAACUUCCAAAGGAUGCCCAGCUCCCUAGUUCCAGCCUGAAAUGUCUUAGGGGCAUUAGAUUUCCUGGCUGCACCUUUCAUCCAGCCCAGAGGCUCUGUGCCUCGUUCACCGGCAUGAGCAAGUAAUCCCCAGGGCUUCGUGGGCUGGAACUCCACUCUCCAACCUCACCUGACACAAGAGCACCCCUGGGUCUGCCCACUGAAGUCCAACCGUGCACACUUAAGAGAGCAGUGGGCCUCUCCUGUAGACCCACAGUGUGAGCAGCGGAGGACGGACUGCUUCCUCUUGUGACCCACAAAACCGAGAGAAACCGGCGGAUGCUGCCACAGGGGUGGAGGAAGUUGCUCUGGCAGAACAGGCGGACCAUUUGAAGGUUUGACUGCAUUGUUGGAAGCAACUGUGUGUGCCAUCGUGCACGAGGCUCUGCUUCUCUUCCUCCCCCUACGGCCACAGACAGAGCAGCAAAGCACUCAUCUCUCUGUAACAGGCAGAGCGCCAUGCAGACCCUUAGGAAGGACAACUGCAGCUCAGUGUCUGAGUUCCUCCUCCUGGGCUUCUCCAGCGAAUCCCAGGUCAGAGUGGCCCUGUUUAUCUUUUUUCUUCUUCUCUACAUGAUCACCCUCCUGGGCAACGGGCUCAUCAUCACCCUGAUUUACCUAGACUCUCGCCUCCACACACCCAUGUACUUCUUUCUCAGUAUCCUCUCUUUGGUAGACAUGAGUUACGUCACUACCACUGUGCCCCAGAUGCUGGUUAACAUGGUGUGUCCAAGGAGGACCAUCUCCUGGGGUGCUUGUGUAGCCCAGAUGUUCAUCUUCCUGCUGCUGGGUAUUGCUGAGUGUGUUCUCUAUGCCAUCAUGGCCUACGACAGGUAUGUCGCCAUCUGCUUCCCCCUUCACUACUCUGUACUCAUGAGCCGUCUUGUGUGUAUCAAGAUGGUCACAGUCUGCUGGUCCAUCAGCAUCACUGGUGCUCUGAUCUACACUGUCUUCACCAUGCGUCUGCCCUACUGUGGUCCCUACAAGAUCAACCACUUCUUCUGUGAGGUCCCCGCUGUCCUGAAGUUGGCCUGUGCAGACACAUCCUUCAAUGACCGCUUGGACUUCAUCCUGGGUUUCAUCUUCCUUUUGGUCCCUCUCUCCCUCAUCCUGGCCUCCUAUGCCUGCAUCUUUGCCUCCAUCUUAAGAAUCCGCUCAUCCCAGGGGAGGCUCAAGUCCUUCUCCACGUGUGCAUCCCACAUCACUGUGGUCACCAUGUUCUAUGGGCCAGCCAUGAUCAUGUACAUGAGGCCCGGUUCUUGGUAUGACCCAGAACGGGACAAGAAGCUGGCUCUGUUCUACAAUGUUGUCUCUGCCUUCCUCAACCCCAUCAUCUACAGCCUCCGGAAUAAAGAUGUAAAGGGUGCUUUUCUGAAAGUACUAGGAGACAGAGGGGCAGCCAAGUGAGCCAGGAUUUGGACAACUGAAUGGAGCUCUUUUGGCUUGCUAAAGACAUCGGUUCUGAAUAACAUGAGUUUUCCUGGAGCUCUAAGCAGCCAGGAGAGGUUGUGGCCACUCCUAAACAAAAGUCCCACCAUUGCUUGUUAAAUUUUCAGCUUCUAAUGAAGACUCAGUCAAGUACUAGAAGCAAAGGAUUAUUUUUAAAAGGCUGUCCUUAGUGUUUGUAGACAUUGAUUGCUUUCCAUGGGCUUUUUCCAUAUGUCUAGGUGUUGAUGUCAGUUCAGCAUGGGCACAGCUGAAUAUCUGACAUGAGCACUGGAAUCUGGAUUUGAAAAUAAUGUGAAGUAGACUGGGAGA